AUGGGCUGGGACAAGACCAAACUCGAGCACCUGGGACUGUGGGUCCCUGUGCUAGCUGUCCUGCUGGGACCCUGCCAGGCACAUCCCAUUCCUGACUCCAGCCCCCUCCUCCAAUUUGGGGGCCAAGUCCGCCAGCGAUACCUCUACACGGAUGACGCCCAGGAGACGGAGGCCCACCUGGAGAUCAGGGCUGAUGGCACAGUGGUGGGGACGGCCCGCCGGAGCCCCGAAAGUCUUCUGGAGCUGAAAGCCCUAAAGCCAGGGGUCAUUCAAAUCUUGGGAGUUAAAACAUCCAGGUUCCUGUGCCAGGGGCCAGAGGGGAGGCUGUAUGGAUCGCUCCACUUCAACCCCCAGGCCUGCAGCUUCCGGGAGCUGCUUCUUGAGGAUGGAUACAACGUUUACCAGUCUGAGGCUCUUGGCAUUCCCCUCCGCCUGCCCCCGCACCGCUCCUCCAACUGGGACCUGGCCCCCCGGGGACCUGCUCGCUUCCUGCCACUGCCAGGCUUCCUCCCGCCACCCCUGGAGCCUCCAGGGAUCUUGGCCCCCGAGCCUCCCAACGUAGGUUCCUCGGACCCCUUGAGCAUGGUGGGACCUUCACAUGGCCGAAGCCCCAGCUACACUUCCUGA